GCUGAGCCCGGCCCGAGAGCCCUGUCCCCCUUCCUGCCUCCUGCUCCCGCCGCCCCGGGGCGCCGCCAUGACGCCCGACUUGCUCAACUUCAAGAAAGGAUGGAUGUCAAUCCUGGACGAGCCAGGAGAGUGGAAGAAGCACUGGUUCGUGCUGACCGAUUCAAGCCUCAAGUACUACAGGGACUCCACUGCUGAGGAGGCAGACGAGCUGGAUGGCGAGAUCGACCUGCGCUCCUGCACGGACGUCACUGAGUAUGCGGUGCAGCGCAACUAUGGCUUCCAGAUCCACACUAAGGACGCUGUCUAUACCUUGUCGGCCAUGACCUCGGGCAUCCGGAGGAACUGGAUCGAGGCUCUGAGGAAGACUGUGCGCCCAACCUCAGCCCCGGAUGUUACCAAGCUCUCCGACUGCAAUAAGGAAAACACGCUGCACAGCUACGGCACCCAGAAGGGCUCCCUGAAGGCGGGGGAGCAGCGCGUGGGCUCUGAGCUCAUCGGCCGGGGCGGUGGCCCGCGGAAGGCAGACGGGCAGCGGCAGUCGCUGGACUAUGUGGAGCUCUCCCCGCUGACUCAGGGCUCCCCGCAGCGGGCCCGCACCCCGGCCCGCACCCUUGACCGCCCGGCCAAGCAGGAAGAGCUGGAGCGGGACUUGGCCCAGCGCUCUGAGGAGCGGCGCAAGUGGUUCGAGGCCACGGAGAGCAGGGCCACAGAGACACCGGCUGGCGAGGGGCCACGCCGGGGUCUGGGCGCACCCCUGACUGAGGACCAGCAGAGCCGGCUCAGUGAGGAGAUAGAGAAGAAGUGGCAGGAGCUGGAGAAGCUGCCCCUGCGGGAGAACAAGCGGGUGCCCCUCACCGCCCUGCUCAACCAGAGCCGUGGGGAGCGCCGGGGACCCCCGAGCGACAGCCACGAGGUGCUGGAGAAGGAGGUCCAGUCUCUUCGUGCCCAGCUGGAGGCGUGGCGUCUCCAAGGGGAGGCCCCUCAGGGUGCACCCAGAUCCCAGGAGGACGGCCACGUCCCCCCAGGCUACAUCUCACAGGAGGCAUGCGAGCGCAGCCUGGCCGAAAUGGAGUCCUCACACCAGCAGGUGAUGGAGGAGCUGCAGCGGCACCACGAGCGGGAGCUGCAGCGGCUGCAGCAGGAGAAGGAGUGGCUCCUGGCCGAGGAGACGGCUGCCACGGCCUCGGCCAUUGAAGCCAUGAAGAAGGCCUACCAGGAGGAGCUGAGCCGGGAGCUGAGCAAGACACGGAGUCUCCAGCAGGGCCCGGACGGCCUCCGAAAGCAGCACCAGUCAGACGUGGAGGCGCUGAAGCGGGAGCUACAGGUGCUGUCGGAGCAGUACUCGCAGAAGUGCCUGGAGAUCGGGGCGCUGACGCAGCAGGCCGAGGAGCGUGAGCACACGCUGAGGCGCUGCCAGCAGGAGGGCCAGGAGCUGCUGCGCCACAACCAGGAGCUGCAUGCCCGCCUGUCAGAGGAGAUCGACCGGCUGCGCGGCUUCAUUGCCUCGCAGGGCACGGGCAGCGGCUGCGGGCGCAGCAGCGAGAGGAGCUCCUGUGAGCUGGAGGUGCUGCUGCGAGUGAAGGAGAACGAACUCCAGUACCUGAAGAAGGAGGUGCAGUGCCUCCGGGAUGAGCUCCAGAUGAUGCAGAAGGACAAGCGCUUCACCUCGGGAAAGUACCAGGACGUGUACGUGGAGCUGAACCACAUCAAGACGCGGUCGGAGCGGGAGAUCGAGCAGCUGAAGGAGCACCUGCGCCUCGCCAUGGCUGCCCUGCAGGAGAAGGAGGCCGUGCGCAACAGCCUGGCCGAGUAGAGGUCCUCGUGGUCCAGCCCCGCUGCAGACCCCCGGCCCAAGGGGACCAGUCACCCUCCUUCCCUACUGGAUGGACGUCAGAAGCCAAGCUUUCUCCCCGCCCUCUGUGGGCCGCACGUACACACAGACACAGGCACACACACGCACAGGCACACACACGCACAGACACACACACACACUGCGUAUCUGAGCGUGCCCCUCGCACUGGGUCUUAUCUUGCACCUUCUUCAGGAUUUUAUAUGUGAAGAGAUUUUUAUAUAGAAUUUUUUCCUUUUUUUCCCAAAACACUUUAUACCUUUUAAAAAGCAGUUCCUGUGGCCGUGUGCCUCCCACACUGGUUCCCCUGUCUCUAGCCGCCUGCUUGGGCUUCUGGCUGUGGCCCUGCCCGGGGUCUGGUGGAGGCCCAGCAGCGGCCAGAGCAGGGUUGACUGCUGGGAGAGGCAGGGAGCCAGCACCCUCUUCCUACCCUACCUCCCACUAACUACUUCCUGCCCCGGGGGCUCCACACCCUGGGACUCUGGACGGAGGGACCGAUGGACAGAGGGAGCCGGCAGCUGUCCCCGUGGCCCCACCUCCCCGUCUGGGGGUGCUGGGCGUGGAACGCUGGAGCAGCCCCAUGAUGGUGUUUUUCCUGCUCCGUGAGCCUUCCUAACUUAAUAAAACCUUCCAGCAGC